UUCAAAAACUUUAAAACGAAAAUAAAAAAGAGGGAACUUUGAAUCUUUCCCUCCACAUCGUCUCUCUUCUCUCUCUACACUUCAUGCUCCCCAAGUCUCUCUCUUUUUCUCUACAUCUCGCCCUCCCCAAUGCCUUCUCUCUCUAUCUAAAGCAAAGCAAAAGACUCUCUAUGCACCUCAUGCUCCUCCAAGUCUCUCUCUCUCUCUCUCUACACCUCACCCUUCCCAAUCUCCUCUCUUUCUAUCUAAAGCAAAAGUCGAUUCUUUUAUUUCUCUGAAUCAAAUGCCCAAGAGGAUUUUAUCUCCGUGUGAUCAAGUCAUUUUUUGUAGGUACUCACAAUCAAACUUGAGUCCUUUUUUACAGGUACACAAGUAUAUAGAAACUCCUCCAAAUGAAACCAUGCUUGCAGAGGGUUUUUCUUCAAUUGUAGAACACCCAUUAGAAACAGUUCCUAGUGAUUUAGUUCCAUACAAUGGGAAAAUAUUUUCAAGUCAUGAUGAUGCUUAUGAAAUUUACAGGAGUUUUACCAAGGCAUGGGGGUUUUUAGUGCAUCGUGAAUGAACAAUUGGAAAAGAAGGUGAUGGCAAUGGAAGUACUAGAAGAUACUAUGUUUGCCAUAGGGCGGGCCAUUUAGCAAACAAAGAAGUGUAUGUAAAUAAUGGAGAAAGAGAUCGAUCAUCAAAGAGAUGCAAUUGUGGAGCGCAUAUAAGUAUCGCAAAAGUCAUGGAUUCUAAUAUUUCAUAUCGGUUUGUUGUAACCUUUGAUAAUUUACACAAUCAUGAUGUUCUCGAGCCACAAGAAGUUCGAUUUUUGCUUGCUUAUCAUAAUAUUUCAAAAAGUUACAAGCAUCGUAUUCAACAAUUUUCCAAAGUUGGUAUAUGUGUUAGAGAUAUGAUGCGGUUGUUUGAAAUAGAGAGAAGUCUUAAACCAAGGGAAUUACCAUUUAUAGAUAAGAAUAUCUAUAACUUUUUUUGUGCUAUGAACAAUGCGAACCAUGACAAUGAUGCUCAUAUUCUCUUAACAAAAUAUAUGCAAAUGAAAGAUAGAAAUAAAGAUUUUAAGUAUGAUUUUACAGUUAGUGAAGAUAAUAGGUUGGAGCAUAUUGCUUGGUCUCAUGGUUCUUGUUAUUGUGCAUAUGAGAUCUUCGGUGAUGUAGUAGUUUUCGAUACAACCUACCAGUCAAAUGGUUACUCUAUGCCAUUCAGCAUUUGGGUAGGUGUCAAUAACCAUGGUGACACUUGUUUAUUUGGGUGUGUUCUACUAUGAGAUGAAAGAGUUAAAUCUUUUUCAUAGGCAAUGAAGGUUUGUGAUCUUCUACAAAUUUUGUGCUUUGAAUUCUUUGAUAUUCUUACCAAUGAUGUGUGUUUGAGCAUGCUUAUAUGUUUCUAGUGUUUCUAAAGCAUGAUAUGUGUAGGCAUUUGUAGGUCUAAUAAACAGAAAGAUGCCACAAACAAUCCUAACUGAUCAGGACUUGGCUCUCAAAGAAGCAAUCUGUAAGGACCUCCCCAAUACUAAACAUGCAUUUUGUAUAUGGCACUUGUUAUCAAAAUUAUCUGGCUAGUUUUCCUUCCUCCUUGGUAAAAGAUACAAUGAGUUUGACACCGAUUUUUACAAGUUAUAUAAUCUUGAAUCCAUUGAAGAUUUUGAAGAAGGCUGGCAUGCAUUAGUCAAUAAGUUUGCAUUACAUUCAGAUAGACGUAUUAACAACCUGUGGAAUUUUAAAGAGUUUUGGGCAUUAUCAUACUUGAGAAGCCAUUUUUUUGCUGGAAUGAAGACAACGGGAUGUUCAGAGUCCAUCAAUGCAUCUGUGAAACGAUUAUUGGGUUCACAAACUCCGCUUAGUGAAUUGAUAGAUCAGAUAACAAUUGUUAUUGAGAUGAUAGAUGUAGUGGGUCAAAGACGUUUGAUGCAACAAUUGUCCACCAAUGUGGAUGUUCGAACAAUGUGCUCUUUCGAACACCAUGCAGCACCCAUCUUAACUCCUUGUGCAUUUUCUAAGAUACAAGAAGAAAUUAUUUCAUCUUUCCAAUAUUUGACAUCUAAAAAGGAUCAUGGAACCUAUGAAGUGACACACUUUUCAAAGAAAGAAAAAGGGCAAAAUGUUUCUUUGAUGGUUGAAGAUAAUGUUAUGAAUUGCAGUUGUAAAGGGUUUGAGUUUACAGGUAUCAUUUGCAGGCAUUCUCUUCAUGUUCUCUUCAAGGAACAUUUUAUUCAAAUUCCAGACCGAUAUCUGCCAAAACGUUGGAGGCACUCUACAUCAUUGAUAUCAAAUGUUAGCUCGAGCACAUCAGCUACAUAUGAUGAGCAUGUCCAAUGAUUAGCAUCAACAAUUGGUACAAAAGGUGCAAGAUUUGAUGAUUAGAGCAAUUUUCAAGAAUUUUGGAACAUGUUGAAGAAGUAGAAUGCAUAAGGUCUCUUAUGGUUGAUGAAACAUCUAAUGCAAGUCUAGCAACUGAAGAGGAUGAAAAUAGAGUUCAUUGUGAAAGCAUCCAUGUAAAAAACCAUGUUUUGUCUAUGACAAAAGGGCAGCCUCCUGAAAAAAGGUUCAAGCCCCAUAUUGAAGUUGUCAAGAAACCUAAACAUUGUAAGGUUCCUUCAUGUGGCCAAACUGGCCAUGAUUAUAAGAAUUGUCCAUUAAGAAGAGGUUAAUUUAGUAGAUAAUCAUUAUAUGUUAGAGAACACCAUUCUUGGUGUGAUGUUGACACAAUUUUGGGGCUAUAAAUGCUACUUUGCAUAUGAGAUUUUUGAGCAUUUACAUGUAACAACUUUGUAUAUGUAAUUUUGGAGUUGUACAUAAUGAUUAUUGUAAGGUUGAAAUGUGGAUGCAAUAUUGAUGUUGU